AUGUCUAAAAGGGAUAAAAUUGGUGCAUCUCAUAUCGGAAUCUAUACCAUUGGACCCGAAAUAGGUAAGGGUUCCUUUGCUACGGUGUACAAAUGUAUAGAUAACAAGACACAUCAACCAGUGGCAAUCAAGUCGGUGGUACGGUCCAAAUUGAAACUGAAGAAGCUUGUGGAAAACUUGGAAAUUGAGAUUUCUAUCCUUAAGACUAUGAAGCAUCCUCAUAUAGUUGGGCUCUUGGACUGUACUCAAACUUCAUCACAUUUCCAUUUGGUUAUGGAUUAUUGCUCCAUGGGUGAUUUAUCAUACUUCAUACGGAAGAGAGACCAGUUGAUCAAAAGCCAUCCAGUUAUAUCGUCACUAUUGGAAAGGUACCCUUCUCCGGAAGACUCCCAUGGUUUGAAUCAUGUGCUCGUUACGCAUUUUCUUAAACAAUUAUCAUCAGCCUUGGAGUUCCUUAGACUGAAGCUGUUAGUCCAUAGAGAUAUCAAGCCACAAAAUUUGUUAUUGUGCCCACCAGCGCAUUCCAAGGAGAUUUUUGAAGAAGGACAAUUCACCGGACUAUGGGAAUUACCAAUUUUGAAGAUUGCUGAUUUUGGAUUUGCCAGAUUCUUACCAUCAACCUCGAUGGCUGAAACUUUGUGUGGUUCACCUUUGUACAUGGCUCCUGAGAUCUUGAGAUAUGAGAAAUAUAAUGCCAAGGCCGAUUUAUGGUCUGUUGGAGCAGUCUUAUAUGAGAUGAGUGUUGGUAAACCUCCAUUCAAGGCUGACAAUCACGUUCAAUUGUUGAAAAAUAUUGAAAAAUCAAACGAUAGGAUCAAAUUCCCUUCUGUUUCUAAAGUGCCAGAGUCUUUGAAGAAAUUAAUUAGGAGUUUACUUAAAUGUAACCCUACGGAACGAAUUUCAUUCACUGAAUUUUUCAAUGAUCCAUUGAUUGUUGGUGAAUUAGAAGGUAACGAUAAACCUCUCGAUACUAGUGAAAUGGACGAGAAUUUAUUUAUUAGUGAAUAUAUUAGUCCCAUCCCUAAGAUUCAGGAAUUGAAGCAGCAACAAUUGCAAGGACAUAACUCGAGACAAAUUCCAUUUCCCAAGUCUACAUCCUCUUCAGCUCGUGAUGAAGAAAUUAAGACCAUAAUUCACAACAAUUCUCCAGGAAACGAAGUGUUGAGUAACUCUAUUCAGCCAAAACAACUUCAAAGUGAGACAAGUGGCUCGCUUAUACGCACCAGUAGAGAGAAUGAGAUUAUAAUGGAAAAAGAUUAUGUAGUUGUGGAGAAAAGAGCUGUUGAGGUUAAUGCUAUCGCUGAUGAAUUGGCACAUGCUGGAAGUGGUGCAGUCGCAAUUAAAAAACCAGAUUCCGAUAAAGCGCCUCAUCAACAAAAAUCUCAAACGCUGCCACUGCAGACACCUCCGAAGUCAAGCUAUAAAAGAGGAUCUAUCCGUUCCAACUCAAUGACUGGAGGACGCCGUCCUUCUUUCACAGAAAGGAGAAUAUCUAUUUCCAUUUCUCCUACUAAUGCGUUAAGCAAGGCUAUUGGAUUGGCUUCGAACAGGUUGUUUGGUACAGCUUCUUCACAACCAAACAAUCAGAUUACCGAAAAUGUUAUUGGCGAUGAAGGAACUACAUAUUCAACUGUAAUUUCUUCUCCAAAUUUUGUCAACAAUUUACUACUUCAAAAUUUGAAUUUACCAACUUCAAAUACGAUGGCAAUGCAACAACAUCUUCAACAACAACAUCAACUGGCUUUGGUUAAACCACUGUCGAAAUCUGAUGAAUACGUUCUUAGUAAGUUAGAGUCUAUUGCAACUAAAGCGCAUGCAAUCAACUUAUUUGCCGAUGUGAAGUUUAGUCAAUUGAUUCCUUCACCUCCUUCUACGGAAGGCUUGGAAGACGAACUAAUGAUUCAAACGGAUAUAUUACCACCAAAAAUCGUGAAAUCCGUAAGUGAGGAAGGUGUUGCAUUGUAUGUGAAGACGCUCUCUUUGCUUGUUCAAGGUAUGGCUGUUGCAAGUAAUUGGUGGUACCAGCAACAGCAGCAGCUGCAGGAAAGCUCGUCUUCAUUGGAUAGUAGCGGAAAUAGUAGUAUUCAUCUUUCGAUUAGAAUCAAUGAGUUGGUUCAAUGGAUCCGAGAAAAAUUCAAUGAAUGCCUCGAAAAGGCAGAAUUUAUCAGGCUUCGUUUACAAGAAGCUAAUCAAACUUUGAGAAAAGAAAGGGAAGAGGAGUAUGACGAUGAUGAUUACCUGGAAGAAGAAGUUAACUUAGAAGAAAGGGUAAUUGCAGAGAAAUUGAUCUUUGAUAGGGCAUUGGAGAUGUCAAGAAAUGCUGCUGUCAAUGAACUUGUCAAAGAGGAUUUAAAGGGUUGCGAACUAGCAUAUAGUACAGCUAUUUGGAUGUUGGAAGCAUUACUUGAUGAGGAUUCGUCCACAAGUGCUGAUGAGAGAUUGGAUGAUGAAGACAAAGCAAUGGUUGAGAAAUUUAUUGUUAGCAUUGGAAACAGAUUGUCAGUUUUGAAAAAGAAACUCGGAGACGAAGAGGGGGGUUAG